AAAAUAGGCAUUGUAAUUUUUUUAUUUCACUGGGACUUUAGGCUACCCGUUUUUUCAUUCAUACGUGGGGGCAGUCAAAUAUCCCCCCAAGCACACUUCAAAUAAUGUUUCUGUUCUCCUGUAUCUGUAUCCUUUCAUUGUUAUAAAAGUUCAAUAAACACAUUAAGCAAAAAAAGAGCUACAUUUUUGUAAUGAGCAAAUAUGUGUUUCUACAAUUAUAUUUUUGUCUAUAAAGGCAUCUAAACAUACGCCUUCAGAUCGAAAAGGAGAAGAGAAACAGUUUACUCAAGAGACCCAAAAAGUGGUGAAUGUAUAUAGCCUAGAGAAAAAUCAAUAUAUACUAGCUUAAUCCUAAAGAUGGAUAAUUUAGCUUCAUUUGUUCAUUUGUAAAAACAUGCUCCACUUUUGGGCUUUUCCAAAUGGUAAACGUGUGCGCAAUUAAUUGUAUCAUUUUCCUCGGUGUAAAAUAUAAACGUAAACAGCUUUUUGUUACCGAGACAGUUCAGGCCAUUGGGUCUUCACGACUACAUUUCCCAACACUCUAUUCGGCAAAGUGAACCCGGAAAUGACGACAACAUUAAUGGCACUUGCACCAGUUUCAAAACAGCGUUCUGAUAAUUUUACAGAAAGAUCUUUCACGUGUUUCUUUUAAUUUACGUUUAACACCAGCAAACACGUGGAAUUAGGGAGCCGUUUUCUCCUGUCAUCGAUUUCACGUCUCUUGGAGUGAAUCAUGGAGACAACGCCGAAAAAACUGUCAAUUCAUGAAACUACAACGAAUACAACCCCGUCUGUCGCCAAAAGUUCCUGUAAAACUGAGCCCAUGAGUGCCUCAUUGAAAGAAAGAUUAAAGAGAACACGACGGACAUUCAGAUCCCCCCUCAGUGUUGUGAAACGCCUUAAGAUUGAGGAUGACAAUCACGCACAAACUCCACAAGCUUACAGCAAUGUGACUGAAGAUACUGAUAUCAACGAGUAUGAAACGAGGGAGCAAACAGACUGUCUACAUAACACAGAACAUGACUUGAGCCAUCAAUGUGAAGAACUGAGAAAGGAAGUGAAACAGAAGGCAGAAACUUUGCGGAGAUUAAAGAUGGUCAAAAUGUAUAGAAAAAAGAAUGACCUGACCCAGCUGCAGAGGCUAAUAGAGAAAUGGAGAUGCUGUGCCCAAUCUGUGCUGUAUGAACUACAGAAUGAACUGCCCACAGAAGGCGAAAAAGUCAGUCUUGCCCAUCUUAUAGACAAUUUGGGGUUAGAUGACAAAAUCCUGCACUUUAAUAGGACAGAAGAAGACUUCACAGACACAUAAAAUGUAUUGCAUGGUCAGGAGAACCCUCUAGCAUGUUUGCUGACUAAAGCAUUUGGAUAGUGAAACUAUUCAUAUCAUAUGUGAAACUAAUAUCUGUUAAGACAUUUAAAUGUGUAUUUUGUUAUUAAACUGUUUUGUAACUUAUUGCACUUUUUUAUGUUGUUAAUGUUUGAGCUCAAUCAUUUUAUGUUUUCAACCAAAGUAUGUAAUAAUAAAUCUGAUUUAUGUAUCC